AAGGUGACGGCAACUUCGAAGUUGUAAUGACUUUCGUUUAUUUUUGAAGAAGAGAGACAAAUAAUUAAAGUUUCCAAUUGCUAAUGAGUUGUCAAAAUGAAGUGGGUAUUUGAACUAGUUUCACAUCGAGAUGAAUCCUCUGCCUACUCUACAGAAACCUCCUCAAACUCAGAAACAUCCCUCGAUUUAACCGACGAUACCCAACAACAAAGCGACGAUCAAAAAUCCGAUCUGCCACCCUCAAGCAAAAGAAAAAGAGAAUCCGAGGAGCUUGAAGAUGCUUUAUCAGCCACUUAUGAUCCCAAUCCCCGGCACUACUUAGGAAACGCUUCUCCUCAGAAAAGAUUAUGGAUAGAUAUUCUGGAGCAAGCAGAUCCAUUGCACGCAGAGCCUUCUCUUUCUCUUCCACUGACUGAUGAUGAACUGAUGCUUCUAUUAUUAUACCUUGAAAACAGAGUUGGACUAGCAAAACAUUUAUUUCCCAUGGAAGCAAAAAUUGCAAUGGAUAUUGCUCAACUGGAUGGCACAUAUGAAUUUCCAUUAACAAGCUUCAAGACUACGAUCUCUGCUGAUGUGCAGAGGCCGACUUUGGACUUGAAUGAGGUACCUUUUAUAAUUCAAGAGGAGCAUCUGAGUAGGAUGAGAGCACUCUCGAGAACAGUGGAACUAGUACAGCGUUUUUUCCCUCAGUGCUCAAAGAUACUGAAUAGGAUCAUGGACGCGGAGGACUUAUCGCAGCUGGUGGAUGUAGGAAAUGAUGCUGAUGAUGAACAAUGCCAGAUGAAACAAAGAUUUGUGGAACCUCAAAACCUUAUACGUAAAGCAUUUAAUGAGGAUAAACGAGAGUUCGACAGGUCUAACAUUUCAUCGUCGUCGUCUUCUUAAUCAAUAGAUGUGGUUCGAUCUAAUGGUAAAGUCUGGGACGGAGGUAGUAAGUCUUAUUUCACUCUCUGUUUCGUGUAUAAUAUAAGGGUUCUCUUACUCUUCAAUAUAAUUGGAUGUUCUGUUAAUAUUAAAAAUACCCCGCAGCUUCGUACUUUACUUUUCUAGCAACUAAUGAGAUGGUUAUGUUGAUAUAUUUUUUAUAAUUCGUUUAAGGUUUAUAAAUAGACUGUGUGAAUGAUACAUAAUAGAGAGUAUUACUAUGAAGAUAAUAAAAUCAUCCCUGCCUGAGAUUCAAACUGAAGAACUGUACAUUCAGUAGUUUCAUAACUAUUACAUGUUUGAUGCAAUAAAGAUUACUAUGCGCCCAAAGUUUCUGGCUUUCCAAUCAAGUCCUCCUAUUCAAGGUAAAAUUUAGAGUCACUAAUAUCUUAGCCUUCGUCAACUGGAUCUUGAUCAGAAAUCACAUCAUCAUCCAAUAAAUCAUUCUGUUUUUGCCUCGGUUACAAGCUGGUGAUCUUCUAGAGCAAGUGCCUCAGUUUGUCUCUGGGUUACUUAAUGCCAAUUCGUAUAACUGGAAUGAAGGUCUACUUCGACAAUUGUUUAUACCUAUGAUGUACUUAACAUUCUAUCAACCCCGUUGCCAACCAUAUACAACCUGACUUUUGUGGCGGUAUAAUCGAAAUGGGGUAAUCUCGGUCAAAGGCUAUAUUGGAAACAUUUCUGUCAAAUGAACAUAUUUCCAAUGCUUAUAUGGGAUACCUCGCAUUGAAGCUAGGGAUAUAAAAACAGCCCAGCUCCUUCUCUCUAACAUUUCUCCUAACCCUAACAACAACCAGCGCCGCUCAUGUCUUGGGGAGGUGACUUUGGCUAAUUUUUUGUCAAAAUCAUCUCCCUACCCUCUAUUUUCUCUACAUCUAUUCUAAAUAAAUGGUAUUUUUACCAUCUAUUAUCUAUUAUUGUAAUAAUUUUUGCCAUGUUGAUUUCUACCCUUUAUGAAUUUUCUUCUUCUCUUCAUAGUGAGCUAUGUAAGAUUUACUACUCCGGUGUUUUCGCACUACAAAAUCACUUGGUGGUCCUUCGUCUAGAAAUCGGCCAGAAGGGGUGUUUCGUUGAAGUUCGGAAUUUCUAACAUCUCCUUUGGAAGAUUAGUUUACAAAUUAAUUUUAUGACUUAAAUGAUAUUUCCUUAGAUUUGUUAUAGAUUUAAAGUUUUUAUUAUUUUUGUUGUAAUUUUAUAUUUGUAAAUUGCCCACUUUAGCUAGGUUUAUUUUUAGAUCUAGUUUUUGUGGAGUUUGAUUUUGGGUGACACAAUUGUUGUCGAGUAACCCUAAUUUUCUGUAAUUUCUAAUCCGUUUAUUGCGGUUAGAAUUGAGACUCUUGUAGUCGAAUUUUCAUCUAUGAAUGAAAUCAUUAUCUUUGGCAAAAAAAAAAUGCUUAUAUGGAGAUCUUUUCAUCAACGGUUGCCUACAUGGGAGGUUCUUGCUUUCCUGACUUCAUAAAGUAUGUUCAUGUAUUAAUUUGGACAUGAGGAAUCUUUAAUGCAUUUGUUGUUUCGCUGUUCUUGUGUUGAAAGAAUAUGAUUUACUUCCCGGUUGGGACUGCGUUACUCGACUAGAUAUAUUAAUCGAGUUGAUUUAAAACAUAUGGCAGAGUAAAUCUCAAGUAGCUUGAAUAGGUAGAAAGUUGCUCCGACAUAAUGUUGAAACCUUUCAUAUAUGGACGCAUAUUUAAACCACCUCAUGUUCAGGACCCCAUGUCUAGUUCCAUACUAGUAAAACUUGAGGUUUGUUCUAGUAGCGUUAUAAGAAUGAGUUUAUUUGAGCCGCUUUUAGAAGUAUUAAGUGCAUUCAGCAUCUUUUUAAAAAAUGGAGGGUCAACUUAGCAACGGUAUAUAUACGGUAAUGGCAACUUCUAAUGGCCUUCGUUUACUUUUCAAGCAAACAGACAAAUAAAUUAACUCUCCAAGGGCUAAUCAGUGCCUUCAGUCAGACAGUAACUCAUAUCCAGCUGCCGAAGUGAAAAUGAAGUGGGUGUUUGAACUAGUUUCACAUCGAGAUGAAUCCUCUUCCUACUCUACAGAAGCCUCCUCAAACUCUCAAACAUCCGUCAAUUUAACUGACGAUACCCAACAACAAAGCGAUGAUCAAGAAUCUGAUCAGCUACCCUCAAGAAAAAGAGAAUCCGAUCAGCUUGAAGAUGCUUUAUCAGCCACGUAUGAUCCUAAUCUCCUGCACCACCAAAUCCAUCUCUCCUUAGGAAACGCUGAGCAAGCAGACAGAGGAGAUCCAUUGUAUGGAGAGGCUUCUCUUUCUCGUGAAAUGGUUGGUCAUUACCUGAACAUGAAAUUAUUAUACCUGAAGAAUAGAGAGAAACUAGGGAAACGGUUUUUCGCUCCGUGCUCAGAGGUACUGAAUAGGAUAAUGGACGGGGAUGGAUUACCAGAGCUGGCGUAUAUAGAAAAUGGUACUGAAGAAGAACGACACAAGAAGAAACAAAGAUAUAUGGAACUUCAAGACCUUCUAAGUAAUGAGGAUAAUCAAGAGUCUGAAAGGUCCAACAAUUCUUCUUCUUCUUGUUCUUCUUCUAUUUCUUCUGAAUCAAUAGAUGUGAUUCGAUCCAAAGGUGUUUGUGUCGAUGAAGAUUGCUCCCACGUUGCCUGUAGACCCGCUGUUCAUUUCAUGAUGGAGGUGCUUUAUGCAUCUUGUGUAUUUCAGGUGCCUGAGUUAGUGACUCUUUAUCAGAGGCGCCUUAUAGACAUUCUUGACAAGGUUGCAGUUGAUGACGUAUUGACAGUUCUAUCGAUUGCAGAUAUCUGUGGUAAAGCUUGCGAAAGAUUGUUGACUAGAAGUAUUGAGAUAAUUGUGAAAUCCGAUGCCGAUGUUGUAACUCUUGAUAAGGCCUUGUCCCAACAUAUUGUAAAGCAAAUAACUGAUUCUCGCCUAGAACUCGGCUUAAAUACACCUGAAAGUACUAGUUAUCCUGAUAAACACGUAAAGAGAAUUCUUCGAGCCUUGGACGCGGAUGAUGUUGAAUUAGUUAGAAUGCUGCUGAAAGGAGCGCAUACUAAUCUGGAUGAUGCACACGCACUCCAUUAUGCUGUUGCAUACUGUGACGCAAAGACUACAGCAGAGCUUCUUGAUCUUGGAAUUGCUAAUGUUAACAGUAGAAACUCAAGGGGCUACUCUGUGCUUCAUGUGGCUGCAAUGAGGAAAGAGCCUAAGAUUAUAGUCUCUCUCUUGACAAAGGGAGCUCGGCCAUCGGAUCUCACUUCAGAUGGUAGAAAAGCACUUCAAAUUUUAAAGCAGCUUACUAGAGCUGUUGACUACUAUAAGUCUAUUGAGGAAGGAAAAGCUUCUCCUAAAGAAAGAUUAUGCAUCGAGAUACUGGAGCAAGCAGAAAGAAGAGAUCCGUUGCUCGGAGAGGCUUCUCUUUCUCUUGCAAUGGCUGGUGAUGACCUGAGGAUGAAAUUACUAUACCUUGAAAAUAGAGUUGGACUGGCAAAACUUAUAUUUCCCAUGGAAGCAAAAGUUGCAAUGGAUAUUGCUCAUGUGGAUGGCACAUAUGAAUUCACACUAACAAAUGUCAGGUCUAAGAUCUCUGCCGGCGUGCAGAGGAUUACUGUGGACUUGAAUGAGGCACCUUUUUUUAUUCAAGAGGAGCAUUUGAAGAGGAUGAGAGCACUCUCGAAAACCGUGGAACUAGGGAAACGGUUUUUCCCUCGGUGCUCGGAGGUACUGAAUAGGAUCAUAGAUGAAGAUCUAUCGCAGCUGGGGUAUAUAGAAAAUGAUACUGAAGAAGAACGAUACACGAAGAAACAAAGAUACAUGGAACUUCAAAAUCUUCUAAGUAACGCAUUUAAUGAGGAUAAACAAGAGUUCGAUAGUCGUGAACUAUGUAUUCUACUGUCAAAAGGCUAUGAUAUACCAUUGGAUCAAACACAACCAGCUUGCUCAACGACCUCAUGAGUUCCAUAUCCUCUCCAAGUUCUUGGCUUUCCAAUCAAGUCCUCCAAUUCAAGACUGUUGAUCAUCUGUACCACACAUCACAUUCACCUUGUGUUCUUCACUGCAAAACUCAUCAGCCAAAGGAGCCUCGAACAGAUUAUUGAUCCCUUCUUCAUCUUUCAGUAUCUGAGCAGUAAGUUCAGUUUGCAUUGUUGCCAAUUGUUCCUGAGCCUGAUUUCUGCAAUCCACACUUCGGCUUGCAUCGGCCGAGAUUUCUGGGACUCGGGUUUGAGCUUGACCUGAAAGCAUUCUUCUUUUCUUGAUAAACUUAUUACUCCCUUCUA